AUGACAUCCUCCGAGCCCCCGGUGCUCCCGACCCUCCUCAUGUUCCGCGUCCGGGAACUGCGCUUCCACGCCGCGCUGCGCGAGCGGUACCAUGUCCUCGACUUCUUCACGUCGGGCGAGCCCCUCCACGGCUUCCUGGCCGCCGCGGCCGCCGACCCGGACCCGCCCCGCGCGUUGGUCGCUGCGGGAGGCGACUCCGUUUCUGUGGACGCCGCGUUCCUCGACGCCGUCCCGUCGCUCCGCUUCGUCUUCAGCACGGGCGCGGGGCUGGACCACAUCGACCUCGGCGAGUGCGCGCGCCGCGGCGUCGCCGUCGCCAACUCCGGCACCGUCUACUCCACCGACGUCGCCGACCACGCCGUCGGCAUGCUCGUCGACGUGCUGCGCCGCGUCUCCGCCGCCGAGCGGUUCGUCCGCCGCGGGCUCUGGCCGCUCCAGGGGGACUAUCCCCUCGGCACCAAGCUGGGCGGCAAGCGUGUCGGCAUCAUCGGAUUGGGGAACAUUGGUUCCCUGAUGUCAAAGAGGCUCGAAGCUUUCGGCUGCGUCAUCCACUACAACUCCAGAAAACCCAAGGAAUCCGUCUCCUACAGAUACUUCGCCACCGUCCACGACCUCGCGUCCGAAUCCGACGUGCUCGUCGUGGCGUGCGCGCUGAGCAAGGAGACGCGCCACGUCGUGAACAGGGACGUCCUCGACGCGCUCGGGAAGGACGGGAUUGUCAUAAACAUCGGCCGUGGGCCCAUCAUCGACGAGGCGGAGCUUGUCAGCGCGCUGGCAGAGGGGAGGAUCGCCGGAGCUGGCCUCGAUGUCUUCGAGAAGGAACCCAAGGUGCCUGCGGAGCUCUUCUCCAUGGACAAUGUGGUGCUGACGCAUCAUUGCGCGGCUUUCACGAAGGAGUCCAGGUCGGACCUUCGUGACGCCACCAUCGGGAACCUUGAAGCCUUCUUCUCCGGUAAGCCGCUGCUUACCCCGGUGCUUCCCAGGUAA